AGAAAAGACACUUUUCGUGUUUCUCCCCCCAAAAAUUAUACAUUCGAGUUCGUUCAUCUCGUCCAUUCUUUAUUCGACUUUCCCGAAAUUAUCGCCGAAACGCGGUGUGUAUUCUGGAACGUCCCGAUGUGCAUUUUGAAACGACUCUCUUGUAUCGCUCACUCUCGUCUUGUGUAGGCGGGCGCCAUGUUACACUGGAGGCGAUAAUCCAAGAUGGCGGCUGAGUGAGAGUGUGUUGAGUGAAUCUCCUGAAAACACUAGCGAUUUGUAGUGUCUUAUCAAAUCGUAUAGUGUGUAAAUUGGGUUUAUAUUGUUCUUGAAGUGUCAUUGGAUUUAUACGCGAAAUUUUCUGGUGGAUUAACUAGUCAUGGAUUCCAAAGCUGCUGUGAUGCUCAUCUUGGAGGAUGGUAUCGAGUACUUCAACACAGUGGUAGUACAACCACAUAGGAAGCUGGUAACCAAUCAGGGUCGCGGUUACCACAUCCGUUGCAAAUACCAGACGCAGGAGAAGACUGUAACCAACGCCUUCAAUGUCAGCGGCGAUUUCGUCACGGAUGUCGAAUGGAAGGCGCCGAACGGAUCAAGCUUCAUUGGCACGACGCCGCUCACAGCCACGGCGCCAAUGCCAGGCUGCUACAUGCGAAUCUUCGCCGGAACUCCCGAAGACAAAAAGGUCGCAGAGAACGUGCGUAUCGGCGACCCCUUGACGAUGGAGAUAUCCCUUGACGACCAAGAGAUUUACGGCAUGAAAGUCACCGACUGUCUUGUCCGCGAUGGAUUAGGGUGGGGAGAGCAAAUGCUCAUUAACGAAGAAGGCUGUCCCGUCGACUACGAAAUUUUGGGAGGCUUUGAGUAUGAAUCAAGCAAGACGAAAGCCAUCGUCCGUUUCCAGGCCCACAAGUUCCCGUACACCUCGUCUGUCUACUAUCAGUGCAACGUCAAGCUCUGUAUCAAGAACGCGGGAGGCUGCGAUGAUGUGGUCAGUAUUUCGCUGAUGAAGUGCUGUCAUCAGAUCCCAGAUCCCGAGCAAGAGAUCCUGACCCCCAUUAAGGAAGAGCUGGAGGACGACCCCAACACCUUCUGUCUUUCCCCAAAAACGUUCGCCAUCGGCAUCGCUAUCGCCGGCCUCCUCCUGAUGGUGGCCGUGAUCGCUGCCAUUCUCAUCCUGAUCUCCCGCCGACGCAGAAGGAAGGAGGACUCAACCACCGGAUCUUCCAUCUAUUCGAGCCCUUACACUAACACGGCCUACAGUCACUCGUCGUAGGGCACAUGAGAAUGAAUCUAUGGGGCAGAUCAGACCGAAGGAAGAGAAGAAAAAGGCCAAGGAAAAAGAAAGUAGGAAAUGGAAAGGACAGGAAAGAUUUUUGUUUUUCUGUGACCUGAUGGCCCUUUUCCCUGUCAUUUAUAUCCGUAGUCCGUGAUAAAUAUUCAUCGACUCCAUUUUUAUAUGAAUCGGAUAGUAUGUGAUACUCGGUGGAUAACCAGUGAAUUUGUUUUGAAAACGGAGCAGUAAGUGAAGCGAAUCUCAUGAAAGGUGAUCGUAUCGGUGCAGAAACAAAAGACGAACACCUUUCAUUUCAUUUCAACACCUGAAAGUGCUAUGGCAGAUUCCACAUUAAACCACCACAGAAUUUUCAUUCUAAAUGUUUAUCCUUUUCAUAGAUAUACUCAAUAGUUUACCAAAAUCCAAUAACUGAAAAGCCUUUAGAAGGUAUUGUUUAAAAUGGUGUUCCGGUAUUAACAAAUUGAUUAUAGAUGCGCAUGAGAAAAAAUAUAGCUUUACAUAUUGACUUACAACUGAUUAGAUUUUUUACUAGGCAUAUUGUUUAAUGACAGCUUCUGUGCCCAUUUCCAUGCUCCAUGUUUGACAUAACUUUUUUAAUGAAAUAUAUAGCUGAACUUACUAACAGGUUGUGAUUCUGGUGUUGUAGAGGAUGAGGGGAAACAAAAGAAGGAAAAGAGCGGCGUAAGUAUGCUAGGCUGUGUCUCUGAUUUUUUCGUUUCCUGGAAGCAAAGUCGUCUCAUUACGACAAUUUUUCUUUUUAAUAUCAUUUGGCUUCACAGGUUCAGUUGAAUUCGCAUAGGUUGGGAUAUAAUAAUGAAAAUUUUCUCUCUUUGUUCGCAUCAAUGGCCAUGCGAAAGGUCAGUAGAGGUUUUGGGAGUUCCAGCGAGACAUUUGGAUCUAAAAUUCAGACUUCAUAUGCGGCUUUGUGAAAUGCCCAGUCCUUUCAUACGCAGCCUGGCGUUACCAUAGCAUUAUCGGUUAAAUGGCACUUGACACCCAUUCCGGUUCUAUUUCUAUGGUUCGGUUUCCCCGUUCAUUUUCUUUUUUGUAAAAGUCUCCCCUCUCUUCUCACCCUACUUAUCAUACUCCGUCCAUUGAAGAUAACUUAUAAUAUCAGCAUGUAUGAUUUUUUUUUAGUAGUAGGGCGACUGCGGCAUAAGUGACUUAAAAUAUGAAAACUCGCUGGCUGUCCAAACGUGAUUUGUGUGUCACCGGCCUGUGUUGGUUUAGUUGUUUCCCAUCUACCCAUCCCCCAUUGAACACAGACCGCUUCCCCCAUCCGCUAAUUGUGGAUGGUAUUAACAAGAAAUACUAAAGUAAGGUUUUGAUUAUGUAUGAGGAACACGAUGGCCGCGAUCUACAUAAUAACCGACUUGGAAAGAGAUGCGAACACUGUGACAAAUAUGGUAGGAGAUAAAAUAGGUGUGGGAGAAAUGAUACGAAGUAAUGGAAAUGUAGUUUGAUAUGAAAGGGAGUAAAAAUAGAACCACAAGUAGUGUAUGUGCAGCAAAGGAAAAGUAUGGUCAAGUUUAUUAAUACUACUUCAAUAAGAUAAAACAGAUUGUCUUUCUUCUUGCCUGGUGGUUGUUCUUUAUCUCAGCUAGUUCAUAAUGUUCGCAUUUUCACUAUAGAAUUGCUAUAGUUUAGUGCCAUAAGCCGAGCGCUUACUGAUACUUGAAUAAGAUAUAAAUCAAGUUUCUCACGAAAGAAAAUGAUAAGUUGCUUGUCAAUAGUUUUUCCACCUCAUUUCAUAAAGGUACAAAACAUGGGAUAACCAUU